UCCGAAUAUCGAAUUUUGGCCCAUCGAUGGUGCUCGAAGUGGGGUCUUCAAAUUGAUUCAGUUUUAGUAAAAUUUCCUGUGAAAUUAUUUUAAUUUACUGAAUUGUGAGCUUCAAUCGCAGAUUACUUUACCUGCGAAAAGGAAUAUCGAAUAUUAUUCACCUUUUCCCCUUUGUUUUUUUGUCUGUGUGAGUAUUAUAUACAUAUACAUAUAUACACACUACGAUCAUGUCGAACAGUCAAUAAUUGCGCAGAUUAUUGUAGCUUUUUUAGACCAAGUCCUCGUUUUUACUGCCGAGAAUUUUCUAAAACACCACAUUUCUCCCCCAAUUUCAGGUCCAAUUGAAGAAAUUGGAUUGUAAUUUUGGGCGUUUCACUUUUCUAUUGCUUUGGAUUGCAAAAAGCUCAGUUCUUUAAGCUCUAGGGCAGAUAAUUGGAUUCAAUUGAUCUCGGAUUGAAUUCAAUUUUGGGUCGGUGUGUCGAAAUUGGGAUGGGGUUUGAUUAUCUGAGCGUGUGAAGAGGGUUUUGUUGAUUUGAUUUUGAAAUUGGGGGAAAAAUUGAUGGGGUUUCUGUUUUGGGAUGAUUGUCUGAGUUUGUGAAGAGGGUUUUGUGUAUUUGAUUUUGAAAUUGGGGGAAAAAUGGGGUGUGUUUGUGGGAAGCCGUCUUCGGCGGUGGAGGAUAGUGAGGUGAGCCCAAAGCAGAGGGAGCUGAGUAGGAAGGCGGCUGAGCUGCGUGUGGCGAGGGGGGUUUCGUCGAGGAGGAAUGAGAGUUUCUCGAUGAAGGAGAGUUUGGAGGGUGGUGAGGUGAAGAUUGGGCUGAUUGAUAAGAAGGUUAGUGGGUCUAGGAAGGUGAGGGAUGAUUAUUAUGAGAAGAAGAGGAAGGGGAGCUGUGAGGAUGUAGGUGGGAAUUUCCCCAACUUGGGGAGCCUCCCGAGCGCAGUGGAGGGGGAGCAGGUCGCGGCUGGGUGGCCGUCUUGGCUGGUCGCUGUGGCUGGGGAGGCCAUCCGCGGCUGGGUUCCGCGGAAAGCUGAUACCUUUGAGAAGCUUGAUAAGAUUGGUCAAGGGACUUACAGUAGCGUGUAUAAGGGCCGAGAUCUCCUGACUAACAAAUACGUGGCUCUGAAGAAAGUGCGUUUCGACAAUAUGGAUCCAGAGAGUGUAAAAUUCAUGGCAAGGGAGAUUCUCAUCUUGCGAAGGCUUGAUCACCCGAACAUUAUCAAGCUGGAAGGCUUGGUCACUUCAAAGACGUCUUCGAGUUUAUACCUCGUCUUUGAGUAUAUGGAGCAUGAUCUCACUGGUCUUGCGUCACUGCCCGGCGUCAAGUUCUCAGAGCCACAGGUGAAGUGUUACAUGAAACAGCUAUUGAGUGGGCUGGAUUAUUGUCAUAGGAACGGUGUCCUGCAUCGUGAUAUAAAGGGUUCGAAUCUCUUGAUUAACAAUCACGGGAUCUUAAAGAUCGCUGAUUUUGGCUUGGCGAGUUAUUUUGACAAUCAAAACAAAAUCCCUCUCACAAGCCGCGUCGUGACUUUAUGGUAUCGGCCACCUGAACUUUUGCUCGGAGCGACUCAGUAUGGAGUUGCUGUCGAUUUAUGGAGUACCGGCUGCAUACUCGGAGAAUUGUACGCUGGCAAGCCCAUCAUGCCUGGUAGAACCGAGGUUGAGCAGCUGCAUAAGAUAUUCAAGCUUUGUGGUUCGCCUUCUGAGGAUUAUUGGAAAAAAUCGAAGUUACCCCACUCCCCGGUCUUUAAGCCGAUUCAGCCUUACAGACGACGAAUCGCUGAUACCUUUAAGGAUCGUCAUGAUGCUGCUGUAAAGCUGAUGGAGAUCUUACUCUCAGUCGAUCCUUCUGAUCGAGGGACUGCAGCUAGUGCUCUCGAGAGUGAGUUCUUCAAAACAUCUCCCAUUCCGUGUGAUCCAUCGACUUUGCCCAAAUAUCCUCCAAGCAAAGAGAUCGAUGCAAAACUGAGAGAAGAGGAAGCGAGAAGGAAAGGAGCUGCUGGAGCUAAAGGACACAAGGGUGACAAUGAUUCUAAAAAACCAAGAGAAUUCCGAAGUGUGGUAGGGAUCGAUCCCAAUGCUGAGUUGUCUAGAUUAAUGCCGAGGCAUGGCCACGCGGACUCAAAGAGUCGUAGCGAAUUUUUCAACACUCAAAAGCAAGACGCUGCUCCUGGCUUUGCAGUGGAUCAAUCGGGACGAGCACAAGAUCCGUCCGAAAGGAGCAAAGAUCACCUGCCAAACCCGAGGGAGAGACUGAUUUCUAAUUCCGGUCCUCUUGCUCCACCUGUGAGCUGGACGUCGUCUGGGAAGAAAAGCAACGAUAUUUCCAUCGCUUCCUCCAGAAACGGGUUGUCACCCGCAGAAUGCCGAAACAGUUUAGGCCCCCAACGCGUCGAGGCUACAAAUCAAGCAGGCAGGUUCUCGCAGUCGUUCGGGGAAGCUGUGAGAAAUCACGACAGGAGACGGCAGUCACAAAUACCUCCCGGCACUCACCAGGCCGACUACGGACGAAUCAACACAAAAGAAUCCGUCUUGGACGGGCACGGUAAGGAGAGAAAGAUCCAUUUCUCGGGUCCUCUGCUCGCGCCAUCGAACAACAUAGAGCAGGUGCUCAAAGAGCACGAUCGCCGGAUCCAAGAAGCUGCUCGGCGUUUGAGGCACGAGAAGACAAGGGCCGGUAGAGUUCGGCCUCACGAGACGCAAACGUCGUCUAAACAGACGCACGUCUCGAAUCAAAGCGCUGGCUAGGCCGGCCGGCCGGAAUCUAUACGUAUAUAUAUUCAUACAUAUAGUAAGUGCUUCUUUCAUCUAUGUAAAUCUUGUACAGAUUGUGAGGAUUGUUUUUUUUUUUUUUUUAAUAAUCUUUUUUGCUAUAUUUUUAGAAUGAUCCAAUCUCUAAAUCAAGAGCAGGAACUGAUUCAUGUGUUUGAUGCCAUUUUUUAGAUUCUGUUUGAAGUAGGAAGAGACCAAACAAGUUCUACUUAUUCUUGAUGGGAUUGGAUUGUUCAAUUAGAGAUCAUAUUUUGUUGCAAUUAAGAACUUAAUUAGUUCAAUAUUAGUUCAAUUUUGAUUCUA